CCGGAAAUAGCUUGAAAUCCGAAGGGAAGCUUCGAGAUAUUUUGGAUUUGUUUAUACAGUUUGGCUCUAAUUGUGAAGAAAGGACACCUUUUCCAAAAGAAUAAUGGUGUCUUUGAAUCCGGUACAGAUCUUCAAUGCAGGGGCAGAAGAGGAAAAGGCAGAAACUGCCAGAUUGUCCUCCUUUGUGGGAGCUAUUGCUAUUGGUGAUCUGGUGAAAAGCACACUGGGACCUAAGGGAAUGGACAAAAUAUUACAAAGCUCUGGUGGAAUACAAGUCACAAAUGAUGGAGCCACAAUUCUAAAAUCUAUAGGCAUUGACAACCCAGCAGCAAAGAUCUUAGUGGAUAUCUCCAAAGUGCAGGAUGAUGAGGUUGGAGAUGGGACCACAUCUGUAGUAGUCCUGGCUAGUGAAUUAUUGAGAGAGUCUGAGUCAUUAAUCUCCCAAAAGAUCCACCCCCAGACCAUUAUAUCUGGAUGGAGGAAGGCUACAGAUGAGGCCAGGAAGGCACUACAGAAUUUUGCCAGAGAUAAUGGGAAUAAUGAGAAGAAGUUUCGAGAGGACUUGAUGAACAUUGCUCGUACAACCCUCAGCUCCAAAAUCCUCACUCAGUAUAAAGACCACUUCUCUAAACUGGCUGUAGAUGCAGUUCUAAGGUUAAAGGGCAGUGGUAAUUUAGAUGCCAUUCACCUCAUUAAGAAAUCUGGAGGUGGCUUACAAGACUCAUACUUAGAUGAAGGUUUUCUCUUGGAUAAGAAGAUAGGUGUUAACCAACCCAAGAGGAUAGAGAAUGCCAAAAUUUUAAUAGCUAACACACCCAUGGACACAGAUAAAAUCAAGGUGUUUGGAAGCAAAGUGAAAGUAGAUGCUGUUUCCAAAGUAGCAGAAUUAGAAUUGGCCGAAAAAGAGAAGAUGAGGGAUAAAGUUAACAAAAUUGUAAAGCAUGGCUGUAAUGUGUUCAUCAAUAGGCAAUUAAUUUAUAACUACCCUGAGCAGCUGUUUGCUGAUGCUGGUGUGAUGGCCAUUGAGCAUGCUGAUUUUGAGGGAAUAGAGAGGCUAGCAUUAGUCACUGGUGGUGAAAUUGUGUCCACAUUUGACUCCCCUGACCAUGUUCGCCUGGGCAAGUGUAAGCUUAUAGAGGAAGUGAUGAUUGGGGAGGACAAGUUAAUCAAGUUCUCAGGUGUGGAGAUGGGUGAGGCCUGCACCAUUGUUCUACGAGGCGCCACCAAACAGAUUCUUGAUGAGGCUGAACGGUCACUCCAUGAUGCCCUUUGUGUUCUAACGCAGACUGUAAAGGAAACCAAAACGGUGUUUGGUGGAGGAAGUUCAGAAAUGCUAAUGGCAGAUGCUGUCUCUAAAUUGGCUGCAAAGACUCCUGGGAAAGAAGCUGUUGCCAUGGAGUCCUUUGCUAAGGCAUUAAGAAUGCUUCCCACCACUAUAGCAGACAAUGCAGGAUAUGACAGUGCCCAGCUGAUCUCAGAGCUGAGGGCAAUCCACACAGCAGGAAAACACACCAUGGGAUUAAAUAUGGUUGAUGGUGAGGUGGGUGAUAUGGAGAAGUUAGGCAUUACAGAAUCCUUCCAGGUGAAGCGUCAGGUUUUAAUGAGCGCAUCAGAGGCCGCUGAAAUGAUUCUACGUGUAGAUGAUAUCAUCAAAUCAGCACCAAGACCACGACAACCAGAUCACAGGCACCACUGAAAUCGUGUACAUUAGUGACAUUUGAUUAAUUCAGUACUGAACAAAUUACUGUCUUAAAUUAUCAAUUGUGUGAACCAUAUUUGAAUUGUAAUAAAUAUCUAAUAUUUCUUGUGA